AUGGACAAUGAGAUGGAACGUCUUCAAGACCUUGUAUUCAGAUUAAGAGCAAAAGUUAAACUUUAUGAAGAUAAAUUUGGACCUUUAAAUAAUUCGUCAGUAGAUAUUACAAAAUCAGAGGUUGUUAACGAGGAAACUGAGUCUACAAAAGAUAUUAUUCGAACUUUGUUUCGAAGUGUUUCUAAACUUGGAUUUCUAUGGAAUAAGGCCAAACAUAAUGUUAAUCAUCCCUAG